UGACUUGUUUGUGCGACUAUGCGUUAAUGAUGAUAUAACCCCAAACGCGGCCCAUGACCUCAAUCAAGGAGCUGCACAUGAAGGCUACAAUAUAUAUAUGUCAACUUAGUGGUGCCUGCGCUGUUCAUUCAUUGUAUAAACAGCUUGGGGCCUGAAUACUGCAAGAAUCCAACUUCAUUAUCGGGACCACUAUGGAUGCACAGCAGCCACAAGACACCAGCGUUGCGCCCCAGGGCAAGCUUGAUCCUGAUGUGGUCAUGGAAUGUCAAGUGUCUCAGGAGGUCUAUAUACAUGCCCAGCCUAAUCUAUCAUCGUCGGAAAACCAAAAUAUUGGUGCUGAAGCUGGUCAAGACAAGAAGCUUUCUAUGACUGGAGACACCAAGGGGGCAGAGGAGCGAGACAAUGGGACAGAAGAAAAUCAAGUCGAGGCGGCGCAACUCCCGAACUCCGGACCGUCGAGUCCUAGCAAGAAACGUCCGACCUCGACACGCGCAUCAGAAGAAAUCUUCAAAAGCCUCGCGGUUGAUGACGACGAUAGCAGCAAGAAGAGCACCGCGUCCGCUGGUGACACCAGCAGCAUCGACAGCAACGAGGAUCGGCGGCUAUCAGAUACGAUGAAGAAGGCCUGGAGGGAGGUAAGAGGGCAGCAGGGCCGCGGUGAUCCCUUAGAACAGUGGAUGGUGAAGCAUUCUGGUGGCACUUUUACGGAAAAGCCACGUCGGCAGGUAUUCGGGGAGCCCUCUGAUAAGCAAUGAAACCACGGUUGGGAAAACACUGAAUGAAGAGUUGGGCACUACAUCACAUGAUAAAAGUCAAACGGCCUUGAAACCUACCAGAGUUAGGUGCUGUCAAUUCGCCACUACGGAUAUCAGUGGUUCUGAUGGUCUGGAUAACAACAUGUUGGUGGCACCCCCAAGGUCUAUAUUUAUUGCUCAAGCAGUCAACCCAAUGACUGUAGCUACUCUUUUGGGCGCAUAAUAUCUAUGAGAUAUCUCGGGGGCUUUAUUGAACCCCUUCCUCUCUACACCAAUUGACUCGAAGACACCAUGAAGGGUGAUAGUAGGGUUAG